CGGGCGCGCUGCGGGACGCAAGGGCCGAGGCGCCGAUGUGGAUGGGAGGGCCGAUGAGGAGGCUGAGGGGAAGAAGGGCGGCGGCGACAGCGGGGAGGACAUGCAGGAGGAGGAGAGGAGGGCGCGCAGGGCGGCUAGCGGCGACUGCGCGGCCACCUGA